AUGGAGCCACCGCCACCACCUGCGGCUGCGACGCCCCUCACGGCGGCGGCCACGGCCGCCGCCAUAACGGCGGUGAAUCCGGCGGCUACGCAUCUCAACUACCCGGACUCUGUCGAUUCGUCACCGCGCUCCCGGAACAACGAUUCCUGGGAGGAGCCAAUGAUGCCGGCAGCCACCGGCGGCGGCGGCAAGUUGCGGCUCAUGUGCAGUUAUGGCGGGCACAUCAUGCUUCGCCAGCAUGAUAAGUCACUGUGCUAUGCUGGCGGCGAUACGCGCAUCGUCGUCGCUGACCGACACUCCACCCUCGCUGACCUCAGCCACCGCCUCUCCAAAACCCUCCUGAACGGCCGAUCCUUCACGCUUAAGUACCAGCUCCCCAACGAAGACCUGGAUUCCCUGAUCUCCGUUACCACCGACGAGGACCUCGAGAACAUGAUCGAAGAGUACGACCGCCUCACCACUGCUGCUGCCACCAACGCCCAGAAAUCCUCCCGAAUCCGACUCUAUCUGUUCCCUUCGAAACCCGAUUCAGCGUCCUCGAUUGGGUCGCUCCUUGAGAACUCUGCCAAGUCGAGGACUGCCGCGAUGGUUGGGAACGCUAAUUCGUCGGUGAAGGACGUGCAGGCGCAGCUUGAAUCGUUUGGGAACGUCAAGGGGCUGGGUAAUAACAGCAUCAAGCAGGGUGCACAGGAUGUUCAUUCGGUGCCCGAUUCGCCUAUGGUGGACACGACGUCGUCCUUCGGGUCGACCUCAUCGUCGCCUUCGCUCGCGAACCUGCCGCCAAUUCGGGUUCGGAUGGAGGAUCAAAAGCCGCCGCCGCCGCCGCCGGCGGGCGGAAUUGAGGAACAGUUCUCUCAGAUGAGCGUUGGCGGCGGCGGCGCCGUCCCGAAGCAAGAUGAUGGUGGUUUUCUGGUGCUCUCUUCGCCGCCAGUGCUGACGUCCGUCGCAGCACCGCCAGCGGCGGCGGUGGCGGUGGCAGUGCCUGGAGUGGGACUGACUUCUGCAGGGCUCCCGACUGAGUACGGGAAUCGGGUUAUCUCCGAUGAUGAUAGAUCAGAGCAUGGAGUACCACUUGGUUAUCGAAAACCACCGCAAGUACAGCCACAGACACAGCUGGCGCCUCCGCAAUCGCAGCCAAAAACCACCGGUGGUGUUGAUUUGGCUUCCCUGAUUCAUGAUAGCAGUACAACAAACCCAUUGUCUCGGCAAAGACCCAUGAUUUAUCAAGACCCAGUUGGUCAAAACCCCUCCAGCAAUAACAGGGUUGCAAUUAACCCCGUUGAACCGAAAUUGUCUGAUCCGAGCUCUAGAGUUCAGAUGCAACAAGUUCAGGAUUCUAGUUAUCUACUGCAACCCCAAUUUGAUCAACAAUUGAAUCCCCAACAGCAACAGCAGCAGUUUAUUCAGGCGGGUGCUCACUACAUUCAUCACCAUCCUACGGGGGCAGUGCCGAUCCAAUCCUAUUUCCCAAUGUACCCUCCUCAGCAACAGCCUCUCCAUCCCCACCAUCAAUUAGAUCAGCAGUACCCCGUUUACUAUGUUUCUGCUAGACAGGCUCAAGCUUAUAAUUUGCCUGUUCAGCAACAAAACUAUGCCGAACCCACCACCUGUGCGCCUUCCAGCCAACCCCAAACACCUCCGCUGAGAAAUGUUGCUGUUUCUAAACCUGAAAUGGUUGCAGGAAUGUAUAGAACGGCAGCUACAGCUGCCCCAACUUUAGUUCAAGUGCCUCCAAGUCAACAACAAUAUGUGGGUUACUCUCAGGUUCAUCACCCUCAAUCUGUCGCCCCUAGUUCAGUUGCUACAACUAAUUAUGCAUAUGCUGAUCCUGCACAUAGCCAAGUGUAUUACACUCAGCCUUUGCCGCCCCAAUUGGCUGCUCAAUAUCAGACCAUGACUUCAGCCCCUGCUGCAGUUUUACCUGAAGGUUCUACAGACAGUUUAAAGCAGCAGAUUCGAACUUCGCAACCUUGA